AAAAGGUUCUAUGGGACCGGCCGGGGAACAGGGAGACCCUGGUGCAGCAGGACUGCAUGGUCUACAUGGAGAGCCUGGUCUACCUGGACAAGUGUACAUCCUGCCUGGACUGCAGGGAGACUCCGGCAGCAGAGGACCCCCAACCCCCUGCAGCUGCCCACGAGGUCAAAGUUCACAGAGUCCAUUGGACAAUGUACUGACGGUGUUUAUUGCAGACGGAGAGAAAGAGAUGAGGCGGUUGCGGGCGGAGAACGUGAUGGUGCUGAGGACGGACAGAAGAUCUCUCUUCAUCUACACAGAUUCCAGUGGAUGA